AUGACCGAAACAGUUCUUGUGUUUGGCGCUUCUGGCAACGUUGGCGUGGCAGCCAUCAUCGGUGCACUGAGCGCCAAUCGCCAUGUCAUCGCCGUCGUACGAAACCAGUCCAGUGCAGAGAAGAUGUUCAAACAAGUUGGAAGACGUGAGAGUAUCACUGUUGUCGAAGCAGAUAUAACCUCAGAAGACUCGGUAAAGAGUAUCGUCGACCAAGUCCGUAGAGGGAUCCUUCCAUCCUUCCAGCACGUCUGGGCAUCACUCGCCUAUCGAGCCACCGUUCCCUAUCUUCUCGAGCAGGGUUUUGCGGGCAGUACCUGGACGAUGUGCACAGGUGGCUCAGGCGAUACGGGCUAUCGUGUCGCUCCGGCUGUGACACAAGGGGCGCUCUUCAGCUUUGCCGUCGCGGCUGCUCGUGAUAACGACAAGACAAACAUCCGAUUCAACGAAGUCUAUCUCGCCUAUCGUGUACAAUUCGAAGUGGAAACGGGGAACCAGACCUUUGCAGGGAUCCAUAUGACAACCUCCAAAGACUUUGCGCCAUUGUACGAAAAGCUCUUGGAUAGGGCUGACAUAAGGAGCAGCCGCGUGAAAGCUCUUUCCCCUGAGGAUGUCCUGAAGCUUUCCUAUGAGAAGAAGUUCAGCGAUUGA